UGAAUCACCUUGACGCAUGCUCAACGGACACCUGUUUAUUUCCGGUGUCUCAAAUUCUACAGGUGAGGAAAGGACACCAAAGUUUUGCAUUUUUCAACGGAUCUGUGUAUGUUGCUGUGAGGUUUUUCAAGGCUGAAGACGGCAGUAGAAAAGAAGAAUGGCCAGUGAUAUCGUUGGGAUUGUAUUCCUGGCUUAUUUGGCGACAGUGUCUGCCCAAACUGAUCCCAAGGUUUAUUUGAACUUCAUGGAACCCUUUAAUCGUCCAGAAACUUUGAUAACCCAUGUGCCUGUUGUCUCCCUAAAUUGUACUGUUGAAGACAUGCCUAAACAGUCCUCGGUCAGCUAUGAGAAAAUUCAAAAUGGCACCAAAGUUCCCAUUUCCUUUGAUACAACUGUUUACGACAAAACAAAAUAUCAAAUCGAAAAGAAGGAGCCCAGCACCUGGAUACUGGAUGUUCGGAACAUCAAGGAGACAGACGAAGGGGAUUAUCGCUGCUAUAUUUAUGUCACACAAAAGACACAGAUUUUUGCAAGCAAAAGAAUGAUAGUCUAUGAUGCUCCUAAAAUUCUGAAAAUGCAAACCACCCAAGUAGCGCAGGUAGACGAAGACAAGCACACUUCCCUACUGUGUAAAGCAUCGGGGUCUCCAGCACCAGAAAUUAAAUGGGAGAGAGUUGGAGGCGGCAUGAUGCCAGGUGGUGGAGAAGAGUAUAUUGGAGAAAAGUUGGACAUAAGAAGUGCCAAGGCAGAAGACAUGGGGUUGUUCCGCUGUGAAGCCACCAACAGGGUUGGUGUGGCCACAACUGAAGUACAGCUCAUUGUUGAUUUCACCCCUGUUCUCAGUUCGCCAUACCUGAAUAGAGAAAAUGAACAUGUCGCCCUUCAGAAAAAAGGGCACAAAAUUUCCAUUCUGUGUUUUAUCUUGGCCAAUCCCAAUGUUGAAUCUGGAGAUGUUGUGUGGUCUUUCAGUAAGUUAAAAGACAGUGGCUCUCAAGAUCUAACUUCAGGUGAUUAUCGUUUCUUACAAAGAGCCAACAGUGAAGCCACGGCAAAGUAUGUCAUUAACAGUGUAUCUGCUGAUGACUAUGGUUAUUACACAUGCAGUGUUUCAAAUAAUAAAGGUAGCUCUUCCUUGACCAUCAAAUUAGAAGAGACAAAUACAGCGCAACCUGAUCAGAUAGCAGGGGCUGUGAGUGGAGCCACAACACUCAGUGGUUUUGUAUCAGUGCUUUUGCUGCUAUUAUUCUGGAGCCUUUCAUAAAAAUGAAGAUGAUGUGAUGUGAGAAGCAUCUUUAGAUGUUUUUUUAUAUAUAUAUAAAAGACCAAAUUUUCAAGCAUCACAAGAGUGAGGACUGUAGUGAAUGUGAGAUAAAAGGACUGUUAUUUACUUUUUUUUUUUACAUGUAGGGACAGCAUACAGGAACUGGCAAAAAUUAGAUAAAUAAUUAAAAGAGAAAGGGAAGGAUAAAGAUGUCCACUUUUCAGUUAUCCCCACUAAUUUUCUAGUGCUAACCAGUCGUCUCUGCAUGACUUUGCCAACUAAAAGUUUGAAACUAUUUUUUAUAAGCAUAAAUUUGAGAUAAGCUCAACGGUUGUAUACUUUCAUAACAUUUUCAGUUUGAGUGAAGAUUGAAUAUUUUAGCUGGGUAAGCAGUUGUCUUAAGAUCCUGGUGUAUUCUAUAUUAGCAAAACUUUACAAAACUAG